AUGGUAGUUCUAGGACCGUUUCACGGGCACCAGAUAUCUUCAAAAUCUAUUUUGAUCACAAAAGGAAAUGAAAACCCUAUAUCUUUAUUUUACCGUCACCUUUGCUUCCCUCUCGCUGGAUUUGGGUACGCUAAAAUAGAUUGGUUACACAAAACGUCUGAUUUACAGAAAAGUUGCCAACAGAUACAGGUUCAGCUAGUUAUUGACCAACCUUCGCAUCUGCUCCAUUUAUGUGAAGAACACUGUGCGUCCGGCAAUCCAGCCGGGCGUAAGGCCAAAAGAUACACUGGGAAGCGACCCAUCUCAGCAUCGUGGUUGAGUGCAAGCGCAUUAAGACGGGAUGUUCUGCUGGGUUUUAGUGGG